AUGUCUACUUAUGCUCCUAUCUAUCUUUUUCUUGUGAGGGUUGAUUUGAUUGGUCAUCUCAGGCUUUUCCUUGCAUUUUACUAUCUGCUUUCAUCUUCCAGAAAGAUUCAAAAUUUGGCUGAUAGUUUGAUCCUUGAUUGCAUUGUAUUCUUGAUAUUGGAGCGCAGCAAAGAGACAGUGCCAAGCUUCUGGGUUCCGGUCACAUCCACCUCUGAGUGGUGUGAGAAGAAUUAUGAGUACUCUCCCUACAUUGCCGAAUUCUUUAAUACCAUAUCAAAUAUCCCAGGCAUGAUGUUGGCAAUGGUCGGCCUUAUGUGUUCCUCAAAGCAGCGGUUUGAAAAGAGGUUCAGUGUUCUUUAUUUGUCAAACUUGAUACUUGCAGUUUGGAAUCUCAUGUACCAUGCUACACUACACCGUUUGCUGCAGCAAAGUGAUGAGACUCCUGUCGUUUGGGAAACACUUCUUUACAUGUAUAUCUUGUACUCCCCAGAUUGGCACUAUCGCAAAACAAUGCCAACGUUCCUCAUCCUGUAUGGAAUUGUUUUUGCAAUAUGCCACUCAUGUUUACAGUUUGGAAUUGGAAUUAAGGUGCACUUCGUGAUCAUAUGUCUGCUUUCUGUCCCUCGGAUGUACAAAUAUUAUCUAUACACCGAGGAUCUCCAUGCUAAACGGGUCGCCAAAUUAUAUGCGGUUACCCUAGUUCUUGGUAGUUUAUGCUGGCUGUUUGAUCGUGUUCUUUGCAAUGAUAGCUGGCUUAUCAAUCCACAGGGACAUGCCUUAUGGCAUGUUUUCAUGGGUUUAAAUGCUUAUUUAGGAAACACAUUUUUAAUGUUUUGCCGUGGUCAGCAGCUUAGAAGGAACCCGAAAGUAGUGCAGUGGAUGGGAAUUCUGCCUUAUGUUACCACUCAAAAGGAGAAAUCCCUUUGA